CUUCCACUACUGUUUUCACGUCCAACAUAAUCCCGAAAAUAUUGGAAAGAAACACUCCGACACAGAUCAUGGCUGUUCCGAAGUUGGAAGGCAGCCUCCUUCGAGGGCCGUCCGACCAAAAAUAUGCAUCGAUCGAACGCCAAACAUCUUCGUACAAACCUCUCGACACCUACGCGUUAGAGAAGGAAAAGCAUUAUCAGCAGCAAUUUGGUGAUAUGUACUUCUUGCGACUCACAAAAUUGAAGCCUGCCGUUGAACGAAUUGCUGAAGAAGCUUGGGAAGAUUUUCGAAUUGGCAACGAGAUGGUGGAGAAGGUUGAACGGGUGCUGGAUGUUAGACAAGGGAAGCUAUGCUGGGUUGCAGGCACUAUCUAUAUGGAAAUGCCUUUGAAGCCCAAUAUUCUGGACGACAUCUCAAAAGAUCACUGGAUUUCAGCCCCUCCAGCUCGACAGAAAUACCUAUCCGCUACUGGAGAAGAUCUAGUUAUGUUAGAGGAUGAGUCGGGACGUCUAAGAUUAGUUGGUGCACCUCUGGCAAGUGAGAUGCUUGUCACUGGUUGUAUUAUUGCUGUGAUGGGAACGGAAAACGCCAAUGGAGACUUUGAGGUUGUAGAUAUCAAGGUCCCUGAUCUACCACCUCAAGCUGAGCGCUGGCACACUUCGGAGCCAGUAGGUGAUGGUAUAUCAAGAAAGAAGUUGAAGCUGGAUGAAGACGAAGAUGAAGAUAUGGACAAGCCAGUCUCAAAUAGCAAGAAAAUCGCUAUUGUCUCUGGGCUCGGCUUUUCUGGUACAGACUCGGGACAUUCGUUGGAAAUCAAUCUUCUCACAGAGUAUCUCCUAGGGGAGGCCCUGGAUCCGGCCAAUCAAGAAAGUGCUUCCCAGAUCAGCAGAUUGAUUAUUGCUGGCAAUUCAAUCGCCCUAGAUCAUGAUGCAGUCGCCACAGACACGAUUGGAAAUACACGGAAAGCUCACAAGAAGUACGGCUAUGACAGCAGUGCUUAUAAUCCGGCCCCAACAAAACAUUUCGACGACUUCCUAGCAACUUUGCUGCCGACGAUGCCUGUCACACUCAUUCCAGGUUACACUGAUCCUGCAAAUGUCAGUCUUCCACAACAACCGAUCCAUCCAGCUAUGUUUCCACAAGCUCGAGCUUUCAGUCGCGGCCCACCAAAGGAUGGCGAGGAAACUCAGCCAGGCUGGUUUGAUACUGUCACAAAUCCGUGGGAUAGUGAAAUUGAGGGCUGGAAAGUCCUUGGUACAGGUGGUCAGAACGUGGAUGAUGUCUUCAAGUAUGUCGAAAGCGAGGAUAGGUUGGGAAUGAUGGAGGCUAUGUGCAGAUGGAGAUGUUGUGCGCCAACAGCUCCAGAUACUUUAUGGAGCUAUCCAUUCCAAGACGACGAUCCCUUCGUACUCAAUACCUGCCCACAUCUAUUCUUCGUUGGAUCACAGCCGAAAUUCGACACAGCAGAAAUUGAAGGUCCUGCAGGCCAGACGAUACGAUUGAUUGCGGUGCCUCAAUUCUCAGAGACGGGUGAAAUUGUUAUUGUGGAUUCCGAGACAUUAGAGACCUCGUUGGUUCGGAUAUCAGUAGCAUGAAUUGACGAUCGGAGUACAAACAUUUGAUGUUGGUCAAGAGUAGAUAUCCCAGUUCUUGUUGGCGUUGAAUAAAGUCACUGGCAGUCAUGGAUUUUAAAGUGAGUACUUGUGCUGUUUUACCGAGUGUAGACGUGUAGGCUCAUCCCAUAUGCCAUGAUUGAGCAAGCAAACGUAUACGAAAAAUGAAGCGAUGAGACAUGUCACGGACGGGAAAGCACUUGAUGUGGACAGUCGUGGUCAAAUAUCCAAUUGUAGGUGUAUUCAAUUUCCUAAAAACGAAAACCUG